CUCUCUCUCGCUCGGCAUGGCUGUUCUCAACCCUUCACUUCGCCUCGCCAUUCGCCCAUCUGAUGCUCCCUUUCGCUCCUCAAAUCCCCGCGCACUCUCCCCUCCCUUCGCCCUCAUCAGGUCGAGCCUCCCCUUCCCCCCGGAGAAGGCGAGGUUCCACCGCGAGCUCGAAGCGGCCGUCGACAUCGUCCAACGAGCCUGCCGCCUCUGCAUCGAUGUGAAGAAAUCGUUGCUGUCCGGGGAUCGCCGGAUUCUUGAGAAGGAUGAUAGGACGCCUGUCACCAUCGCUGAUUUUGGUGUGCAGGCUCUGAUCAGCUUAGAGCUGAACCGGUUAUUUCCUUCGAUACCGUUAGUGGCCGAGGAGGACUCAGGGUUCCUGAGGUCAAAUUCUGUAGAACCUAUCGAUGGUGAGGGCUACGAUGGUGAUUUCCUUGUUGAAGCAAUAUUGAAUGCAGUUGGUGAUAAAGCCAGUGGAAGUGAUCCUUUGACCUCUGACGAUGUGUUGGAAGCUAUAGAUAGAGGAGGGAAGGAUGCAAAUUCAUUUGAUGCCGAACCUGCGACCUACUGGGUGCUCGAUCCCAUUGAUGGCACUCGUGGGUUCUUAAGAGGUAGCGAUGCCCUGUAUGUGGUCGGUUUGGCUCUCAUUGUGAAAGGGGAGAUUGCAUUAGGUGUUAUGGGUUGCCCAAACUGGAAAAACUAUCCCCUCUCUGUGGAGAACAACAAAAAUAGUAAGAUUGUUGCCUCGGAAGGUGGGAUCAUUAUGGUUGCUCAUGCAGGUUGUGGUACUUGGAAAAAGAAAUUUUCACCAGUGAUUGGUAACUAUAGGGGAACUCUAGAUAUUUGGCAAAGAUGCUUUGUCGAUAACAGCUCCUUAGUUCAUGAGGCACGGUUCUGCAUUCCUGAUAGCCAAAGUUGGGAAUUUAUGCCGUUAUCUGCUCUGUUUAGCUCGACUAUUGAUGAUGCAGAGUGUAGAGAUGAGAAAGUGGUACUUCUUAUGCCGACAUGUUGUGGCAGUUUGUGCAAGUAUCUAAUGGUUGCCUCUGGUAGGGCUUCUGUUUUUAUUCUUAGAACAAGGGCUCAAACUGUAAUUAAGGUUUGGGAUCAUGCUGUCGGAGUUAUAUGUGUAAAUGAAGCAGGAGGGCAGGUCAGUGACUGGAGCGGAAACCAGCUGGAUUUCGCGGCUGAUACAAUAGGGCGCAGAAUCAUCUUUCCGUCGGGAGGGGUCCUUGUGACUAACGGCAAAUUACAUGGAGAACUUACGGAGAUGAUUUCUUCAAAUUCUUCAGUAGUUUGAUAUGCAACCCCAUUUAUUGUCCAGCCAAAUUAUUUUAUCACAUUCUUAAUCAGGUGAUAUUUCAUUGUUGUUGGUAUAAUUGACGUCGACUUUUUUGCCACAGGGUAAAGAAUAGUGUCAUUCUUAUGUAAUCAAAUUAUACAUCUACAUAUUUGUAAAAUAGACAAUCUACUGGAUUUCUGUUUCUUUUCCACUUUUCAAGUUAUUGACAGUGCUUUACUGAAA